AGUGUACCUCCCAUUUAUCACUUUGUCUUUCGCCUUCAUUCCUUCUCAUGUCCACUAAAUACUCUACUCUUUGCCUUUUACUCCUAGCCUCUCCCCCCAUUACCUUUUGUCACUGCAUUUUCUACUGCUGCUGCUCUCUCUCUCUCUCUCUCUCUCUCUGUGUCUCCCCCCCCCCCCCAACACUCCAAUUAGGGUUUCCUCCUUCAGGUAUAUCUCCCCUCUAGUAACAAAUCUUUGAUGCUUUCUCCUUCAAUUGGCUAAGGCUAGCUAGCUCAUAAAUAUAUAUAUCCUGGAAGGAGCUAAGAACACAUACAACUAGCUCUUAAUUACUUGCAAGAGCUCCACAAGGGAAAGAAUAAAAAGGUAUAAAUUCCCUUUUUUAUUUUUCCUUUCAUCAGAGAAACGUAUGUAGAUCCCUGAAAGCUUUGGUGUGCAGUGAAAUAAUUUCAAAUGGCAUCCUCCAGCUCCUCCUAUAACUCUCCAUGCGCUGCCUGCAAGUUCUUGAGAAGGAAAUGCAUGCCGGGCUGCAUUUUCGCACCGUAUUUCCCACCAGAGGAGCCCCAAAAGUUUGCAAACGUCCACAAGAUCUUCGGGGCAAGCAAUGUCACCAAACUUCUAAACGAGGUCCUGCCUCACCAGCGUGAGGAUGCCGUGAACUCCCUGGCGUAUGAGGCCGAGGCACGUGUCAGGGACCCGGUCUAUGGCUGUGUUGGUGCCAUUUCUUUCCUCCAACGACAGGUCCAGAGGCUCCAAAAGGAGCUCGAUGCCGCUAAUGCUGAUCUCAUCCGCUAUGCCUGUAAUGAACUCACAACAGCUGUGUUGCCUCCUCCUCCUACUGCAUCAAUGGCCGGGGUAAAUUCAGUAAUUCAGCCGAACAUGGCUCCUCAGAGAAGGUUGGUUGAUCAUCCUUCUCAUCAUCAUCAGUAUUACCAACAAACUAGUACAACUACAACUAGUAGUGCUCCUGGAGUCGCUUUCCCAGUACUUUAUCUUCCGUGGAAUGAAGGAGGAGGAGCAGGUAGUGGUGGUGGAGGAGGAGAGGGCAGAAUGUGAUUUAAGAUUUGGGAUUUUGAGGUUUGAGACCCUCGCUUUAGCUCAUCACAAUAAUUGACAGAGGUAAAUAAAACCCAAUUCAGCUAGGGUUUGGUUGUGUCAGGCAGGUGUUGUAUUAAGUAGAUAUGUUUACAAUUUGUUGCAGUAGAACUCAGCAGGGUCUCUAUGCCUAGCCUCACGUGUAGUAGUACUACUACUCUGAUCUUAUAUAUUUAUAUAUACGAAUUUGUAGCUAGCUAAAGCCAAAUAGAUCGGCUUAGCAGUUUCAUUGUUUCCCAAGUAUAACUUGGAGUUGGUGGGUUCAGUGCUAGCUGUAUACCUAAAUUACAUAUUCUUCUACCCAAAUAAGGGUUCUGUUUAAUCAAUAAUAUUGGAGCAUCUAAAUA